GUAGGUAGAGACGACCAAGAAAUAUCGGACUGCCAAGUGGGCGUCAUAAUGCUUGUUACUGUUACGUACAUGAUUCUGUGUUCAUUAGGUGUGACUUGUUUGUCAGUUGGGACAUCAAUCUGGUACUUCCAAAAAUAUCAGAGGCAACAGAAGAAAAGAAGAUGUGUGAUGAUCAUGUCACGUUAUCCGAGUCCAGGAUCCACGAAAACACGACUAAUUCCUACACUUGGGGAAAAAGGGGCUGCAGUUGUACAGCUUUACAUGACUGAGAAAAUUUUGGACAACAUUUCUGGUGAAGCAAUUCAAAACCCUGAUGUACGUAUAGAACUCAUGUACUCAGGAGUCUCAGAGUCUAAGAUGGAUUAUUGGUUAGGGAAAAGAAGACAAAGUACCCAGCUGUCCUGGAGGCCACAGGCUCCUGGGGGAUUAGGAGAUAAACUGAUUGCUGCCUUUUCUACUAUGUUCAGAGAAGGUGUACAUCAGGCUGUUGCUGUAGGAAGUGACAUACCUGAACUUGAUUCUGAAAUCAUUGAGGAGGCCUUCAGUUUGUUGUUAAGCGAUGAUAUUUUCAAGAACAUAGAUUGGGGAUCAGAGCAUGUAUUUGAGCAGCAGAUAGAGAAGGCUCGUCACUUAGGUGUGAAUAUUGGCAUCCUAAGGAGAACUCUCUCUGAUGUGGACUCAUAUGAUGAUCUUCCUGUGUUUGAGAAAGCCAUUGGGCUAUCCACAACUCAGCUGUUGCAUCCUUCUUUAAGCAUUAUUAUCCCUGUGUAUAAUGAAGUUGACAACAUCAAAGAAACAUUAGAGACUAUUGUUCAGCAUGCAAAGUUUAAAGAAAGGCUAGAGAUAAUAGUGAGUGAUGGGGGAAGCACUGAUGGCACAAAGUCAGCUGUCGGGCUGUUUGCUCAUCACAAUAGCGUACCUAUUAGAGUUGUUGACUGCCAACCAGGCAGAGGGCCGCAAUUGAUGAGUGGGGCAAGUGCAGCCAAGGGGGAUAAUUUGCUGUUCCUUCAUGCUGAUAGUGUUGUACCAGAGGAUUUUGAUGAGACAUUAAAUGAAUGUUUACAAGUACCAGGGAAUGUUGGUGGAGCAUUUGCAUUUGAUGUUGACAUCUUGUACCCAGAACUUUGGACUAAAAGUGUUCCAUUACUGUUCAGUUGGAAAAUGAAAAUGAUUCGAAAACUGACACAACUCAGAUCUUGCAAACUAGAAUUACCCUAUGGUGACCAAGGCCUAUUCAUGACAAGAUGGACCUAUGAUAAAGUGGGAGGUUUUGACAAAGUGUACCUGAUGGAAGAUUAUAUAAUGGUGGAAAAGUUAAAGCAAUGUGGCCAUGUUGUGAUAGCACCAGGUAGCCCUGUUAUUACCUCUGCUCGUAGAUGGGUGGAAAAUGGAGCAUUUAAGACAAGCUUACUGAACCUACUGAUAGCCACAGCAUAUCACCUGGGCGUUGCACCUAACACCCUUGCAAGAUGGUACUAUGGAGAAAAGCUGAAAAAAAUUCUGGAUGAGGAGAAGUAGUAUUUCUUCUUCUUCUUCCAAAUAUAGCAGUGAUAAAUAUAUUUAUGAUGUAUAUAUUUAAGAAGUACAUGGAAUAUAAGCUUGGAAAAAUAAUGUGUAGAGAAAAAUACCUGUACUAUUUUAGUACAUGUGUUGUGUGGAUAUUGUUCACAUUGUGAUGCCUGAAUGUUCUAAGCUGACUUACAUUUCUAUUUAAUCUGACCUUUUUUAUGCUGCCUUUUUAUUUUGGCCUCAACUCAGGCAACAUAGAUAUGUAUAUAUCAUAUUUCCCUCCAUUGCGAAACGUGUAAACACACAAACCUGAAACACAAAAAUAACAGUACAACUAAAUAAAUGAAAAUCUUCAACACUUUUACAGUCAUUUUCCAUGCAUGUUUAUUCUCCUUAAGCCUUUUUCAGACAUCUGUUAGUGCAUAGAAUAUAAAUAUGCUGUAAAGGCUCUUACACCCAGACAGAAAACCAACAAGAUAGCUUCAUGACAAAUAAUUAUCUUAUCUGACUGUCACUGUUACUUUUAAAUAGCUCCACAAUAAUGUGAGCACCCUGGGUAGUAGGCUAUUUUAAGCUAAAUAUUACAAUUUAACAGAAUAUAAUUGUGUUGUGAUUGUUCUGAAGGAUAUAUUUAGUUCAAUUUUCCUUUUUUGAGCGUCUGGACUGGACUGAUUUUGUUAUGCUGCAGAGUUAUAUUCAAGUUCCACAAUCCAAAAUAACCUACUGACAAAAUGGAUGUUUUCUUAUUCCGUGGGUUAAAUCAGAUUUAUUACAGUUGAGAUGUGUAUUUUGUUAAUAUUUGUAGACAAUGUGAUUGUGUUCAAAGAAAACAUUUUCAUACCUAUGCAGUCGAAACAGAUGUUGCCCAUUCUUCAAAAAGAAUAAAUUCUUCUGCACAAGAAUGUAUUAAGUAAGAUAUGUAUUUUAUAUAAAACUGUUCCAUUUUGUUACUUUGUGCAUGGAAACACAUGGCAUCAAUCUUUACUUUACUCGGUAUUUGAGGUUAAAUUCUGUGGUUUCACCAUGUGUUUGAUGUAAGUGUUUCCAGUUGUGGACUUGUUAUUAAUUAGUUUAAUAAAAUAAAAUG